AUGUUUGCUGAUCCCCCGCCUUCCCAAGCACCGCGACAACAUCCUCCCUUCCUCCGCUACACCGCGCGGCCUCCGCUUUCCCCGACAAGCAGUUAUCACUCAGCCAACAUGGACGACGGCAUCAGUACCGGGGCCAGGAAUUCGCAUGAUGACGAUGCGUCUCGUCCUGCAGAGGACGACAACAAGUUUCAGAAGGCGAUUGGCGCAUGGCGCACAAUCGAUCUCACCACUCUCGUGCCACAACUCGAUACAGUGGCUUCUGAUCUAGUUGCACAUCAAAGGGACACGCUCACGCAGCGGAAAGAUCUCGCCCAAAAGACAAAGGACUUCAGAAAACUCGACGACCAAAGCAAGCUAAACGACAUCAAGGGCUUGCUCAAAUCCUACCAGGGUUUCAUCGAUCUCAUUUCCAACCAAUCCAAGACAGUCCAAGCCGCUUUCUUCCAACUCUACUCUCCACUCUCCGAAGCUCCCGACCCAUACCCCCUCCUCGAAGCCUCCAUAGACUCUUUGGUGACCGCAGAAGAGACGGUACCGAAGCUCACAUCAGAGAACCAACAUCUACAAAAGAACGUUGCGAAUCUCACUGCACAAUUGGAGGAAAUAGAGAAGAAGUUGGAAGAGGAGCGCGCCGCGCGCAAGGCAUUGGAAGACACAAGAGAUGGAAAGAUCAAGGAAGUAGAAGCUUCCUGGUCUGCGGUACUGACCGAGAAGCAGGAUAACUGGGAAGCCAAGGAAAAGAAUUUGGAAGAGAAGGUCGAGAACCAAGACCGCUUGUUGAAGGAACUCAAGGCUAGCUACGAGGUCUCGCAGAGGUUAGGGAGGGGAGAAGAUGCCGAAGGAGAGGCAACCCAGGGCGCCACAGUUGCUGAGUUGGAGAUCGUUAGCUCCGAGCUGGAGCGAACGAGCCAUCGUUUGGCUGAAGUCGAAGCUCGGAAUGAGCAGUUACGCCUUGAGCUGGCCCAGUCUGCAUCUGCACCUGCUGCCCAAAAUGUGGCGGUAGAAGAUGACCCAGCCUACCUCCGGCUGCGAUCCGAGAACUCGUCUCUUCUCCGUAAGCUCGAAACCGCAAGGUUCGAGAAAGAUUCCGAACGAACGCGCCUCGAGACGGAAACACGCAGUUUAGAGCGCGAGAUCAAGAGUCUGAAAGGUGAGAAGGAUGCACUGCGCGAGAAAGUUCAAAAGUGGAACGACUAUGACAACGUCAAGCAGGAACUCGAAGUGCUCAAGUCGAUCGAAUUUGCUACCGGUGAUGACGAUGACGAAGCCACAGAGAUUGCGCUGUCACAAAACGGUACUAUGAACAAAGGCAAAGGCGAAACGCUAGAGCAGUUGCUUCUCGCUCGUAAUAAGAAACUCAGCAAUGAGCUGACGGUCUUGCGAGUGUCGCACCAAGACUUGCAAAGCCGAUUGGAAGCACUGCAAGAGGAACUGUCCACCACAAACAUGGAGCUGGAGAAGUCUAGAAACCUGAAUGAGACACUAGAAGCAGACCUAGAGAAAGUGCAGCAAGAAGCGUCGAGUGCUUUUGACCCUUCCGCCAUGUCUGUGGCCGGCACGUAUACUUCCCGAUACCCACAGUCUUCUUUCGCUGGUACUCGACGGGGAGGGAGAUCAUCACCGACGUCGUCCAUCAUAUCUGGCUUCGACCCGGCGCACGCCCCUCAAUCGCUAUCCGCUCUUCGCGGUGAGCCUGUAGGCGGAGGCUCCGGAAUCCUCCCUAUGGUAACAGCGCAGAGAGACCGCUUCAAAAAGCGCAAUGCCGAGCUCGAAGCCGAGUUGCAGAAAACGUACCAAAAUGUAUCGUCUCUCCGUUCCGAGAUUGCAUCUCUGCAGAAAGAUAAUCUCGACCUGUACGAGAAAACGCGAUAUGUCUCCAGCUAUAAUCGCGGUCCAGCGACAUCAGCUCUACCUUAUUCCACCAACCCGAAUCCGUCCAAAAUCCACGUGUCGGACAGUACGUCUUCUGGGCUAACAAUGGAUCGAUACAAAUCUCAGUACGAAUCGAAUAUUUCGCCAUUCGCAGCAUUCCGCGGCCGUGAAACUGCGAGAUCGUUCCGGAGAAUGCAUGUCCUUGAGCGUAUGGUGUUUCGUGUAACGAAAUUCGUCCUUCAAACCAGAACAACGAGGAAUAUAUUCGCUUCAUAUCUGUUUGGGUUGCACUUCCUAGUAAUAUGGAUGCUAUUCAAUUAUGGCGGCACUCCACAGGCAGUCACAGUGGCAUCGGUGGCGAGUGGCCCUCUUGCGGCUACUGCACAAGAGGGGCUUGAUACCAAAGGAUCGUGAGCAUCUGUAGUGGACGAUUGUAGGAUCAUCAGGUGGCGUUUUCAUCGCCUUCCAGUCUCUAUCCUUGAUGGUGCUGAGCGCGAUCAGUCGGAUAUUCAUCAUAAUGGGUUUGGCCGUUUCGGUAGAGGAUUGUUUUUCACUGUAUUACGAUAUCGAUGCGACAUUUCAAUAUCUCGAUGUCUCGGACAUCAAGUACGAUCAAUUUACUCAUCCCCAUAUGUGUUUCAAUCAGUAGAACUUCGAUUAAAUGAUUAUAUAUUACAAGAGGGGGUCUCGCAAUGGCUUGAGGCGUCACAUAACUCUCAAGUUCAGGUUGGUGAUAUCUGAUGGCACGUGCACUCGACACAACCUCGAAAAUCGUGCCCC